CUCAUGUCUCCUCUCCAGUCGAUGGCACGCCUAUGUCUACAAUCAUCACCACGUCUUUCCAUCGACCCCGAAACGUCGUACUAGUACUACAAGGCUCAAGCUACACGUUAGAGGACGUUUUCAACCGGUUUGUAUACUUGUUGGCUCGCGCGCGCGAAUGGCUCAAGCACGCAAUUCAAGCUGGUGCGGUAUCUGAGCUGGCUGCUUGACUCAUUCCAAUACUGCCGCCACGUCGUUCCGACCUUUCAACUGCAUUGUCAACCUUCCGUACGGCAACUCUAGACUAUGAAGAACUAGGAGCCAGGUGAUAUGUCCCUCGGCCUCGUAUUCUGCUCGCGUAACGUGGCGCGUACACUCGCGCGUACUCCUGCUCUGCAACACCAUGUUUGGCACUCUCGCUUGCUCUCCGCCUCCUCCCAUACCUUAGGUCAACAAAUUCCCACAACGACUCUCGCGGAGAAGGAGAGCACCAAGUCGUUCGCGAUCGCGUCGCGGUUGAGAGACGGACGCGCGCUCGCGCUGGAUGUCUGGUCUGUGUUCAACGCAGCAAACCUCCCACCAGACUGUAUCAACCUCGGGCAGGGGUACAUGAACUUUGCCCCGCCGCCGUGGGCGCGCGAGGCCGCGGAACAAGCGCUCCGGUCGGUCGAGGGCAAUCAUUACUCGCCACCGAAGGGCAGACCACGGCUCCGGAAGGCUCUCAAGGAGUUUUACAGCCCGCAGUUUGGCCGGGAGCUCGAUCCUGAGUCGGAGAUCGUUGUCACGAGCGGGGCGAACGAAGGUCAAUAUGCGGCGUGGACGGCGUUCCUUGAGCAGGGCGAUGAAGUCAUUAUCUUCGAGCCGUUCUUCGACCAGUAUCUGCCCUCCAUCGUGUUCAACGGUGGCAAGCCAGUCUACGUUCCGCUUCACCCCAGUACAGAACGUGCACCUGGUGCAAAAUUCGGCAAAAAGACAUGGAAUAUUGAUUUUGACGAGCUGAAGCGUGCGAUCACGCCCCGCACGAAGAUGAUCGUGCUCAACACGCCACACAACCCUGCAGGCAAGGUCUUCACGCGUGACGAGCUUGAGCACGUUGCACAGCUCGCGGAGGCACACGACCUCAUCGUCAUGUCUGACGAAGUCUAUGAAAGCUUGGUGUUCGAUGGGCGCGAGCACGUUCGUUUCGCGACUUUGCCUGGAAUGUGGGAGCGCACAAUCACCGUCGGGUCCGCAGGCAAGCUCUUCGCUGCGACAGGCUGGCGCGUCGGCUGGCUCAUCGGCCCGCCCGCUCUCAUCGGGCCCACGUCCGCCGCGACGACCCGCAUCGUCUUCUGCACGAAUUCGCCAAUGCAGGAGGCCGCCGCUGCGGGGUUUGAGCAGGCGCGCGAGCGCGGGUUCUUCGAGACGCAGCUGCGCGAGUAUACGGAGCGGCGCGCGGUGCUCGUGGAUGCGUUUGAGCGGCUUGGGCUGGAGUAUGCGUGGCCUGAGGGGAGCUACUUUGUUUUGCUAAAUAUUUCGAGAGUGCGCUGGCCAGAGUACUAUACUUUUCCCGCAACGCUCAAAGGUCGGGGUCGAGAUUUCAAGGCAGCGUGGUUCAUCGCCAACGAGGUCGGUGUAUCGUCCAUCCCCGUGAGCGAGUUCUACUGCGAGGAGCACGUCUCGAUUGGCGAGAACUACGCGCGGUUCGCGUUCUGCAAAGACCUCGACACCCUUCGGCGUGCGGCCGAGCGCCUACAGCGACUGCGCGACUUCCUUGUUUGAACUUUGAACGACAGCGAUGCCGCCACCGCGUUGCUUCGACCGCGGGUUCCACACGGCGAGGUACCCGAUGCCCGACUGGCGCAGCUCGGGCGCAGUGUACGGCAUGGGCGCGCUAGGGGACAUCCUGGACAUGCCGUGCGGGUUGUAUGAGAGACCGCCCGAAUUUGCAUGGCCGCACUUAGAUGAAGGGCUCAUCUGCGCAGGCGGCGCGCACAUCGUGGUGUACAGUACUUCAUUGUUUGUGUAAUGUGUUUUCGAUUUGCUUGCUCAAUUGGACACCCAUGCGUCUAAC